CUCACAUCACUAGGCGGUGCUGAGAUUUAGACCUUUUCCUGAUAAACCAUAAACGAAGAAGAGAACGAGCCAAUCAGGUGGCGUCAGUCGGGAACUUGUCUGGGCAUAUUCCAGUUAUACACGUGCUGCAGAUAUGAUCAUGAGACACUUGUCCUUAUCACAUGAUGUCCCAUCCGUCAAAAAAAAAUAGAGUAUCUGCCUCAUUUGGCCUUCUUGGUAACUACAGGUAUCUCUGCAAGAAAUCCAUGCUGAUUCGUGCGAUGGAGAGUGCAAGAGCCAGAAAGAGACACCACGAUAAGAAGGUUUUCUCUAGCAGAAAGAAGGAAACAACCAGCUCCUGGUGUGAACCCCUGGAUGCAAAUAUGCUGAUGAAGAAAGCUAAAUUAGUUGAUCCAAACCUGGAACGUCAAAGCACUUUACACUCUGCACUAGAGCCUGAUCACCACAGUGUGAUUACAGCCCUCAGAGACAGCUGGGAGGUAGAUAGUGGUUUCUCUGAAACCAGUCCCCCCACUAGUGGUCGGAGCUCUCCCUGUCUCGGUUCAUGCCGUACCUCGGUGGUGGCAUUGGACUGUGAGAUGGUGGGAACUGGGCCAGGUGGCCGAUGCAGUGAACUGGCCCGCUGCAGCAUCAUCGACUAUCAUGGCAACAUCUUGUAUGAUAAAUAUGUCCGACCGUGUCAGCCUGUCACCAAUUUCCGAACGCCCUGGAGCGGGAUCCGUAGGCAUCAUCUCCUCAACGCUGUACCCUUUGUUCAGGCCAGGGAGGAGAUCCUCGGUAUACUUGAAGGCAAAGCAGUGGUGGGCCACUCCAUCUACAAUGACUUUGAGGUGUUGAACAUGGACCAUCCCGGUCACAUGGUCAGAGACACGAGUACAACGCGUCUCCUCAGCCGACUGGCUGGCUUCCCUUCUGGACGCUGCUCAUCUCUUAAAUUACUGGCCAGUAAGCUGCUGAACAGGAGGAUACAGGCUGGGAGAAGAGGCCACUGUUCAGUGGAGGACGCCCAGGCCUCUCUGGAUCUCUACAAGCUGGUGGAGGACGAGUGGGAGCAGGAGAUGGAGAGAAGACUGAGAGACGACGAUGCUCCACACGAACCGAGCUUCCACUCUUCAGAUCACUACAUGCAGGACGAGUUCUGGCCAGAUGAGGUCUUAACAGACAGCCAUUAAGGACCAUUCCUGAAAAUAUAUCAUCACACUGAUGGAUCAUUGUCAUGAAAGCAUCAGAACGAGAUCUGUCGUGUUUUAGAUGUAACAUAUUUAAAGUGUGAUUUGUUUCUCUUCAACGUGUUUUACAUGAUCCAAGAUAGAAAAGGCAUUACAGUAAGUUGGGCAGUGGGUUUACACCAAACAGCAUUUUAAUUGUGAUGCCAAACAGUGAAUUAUAUAUAUUUAUUAUUAGGAGCUUGGAUUGUGUUUGGAUUAAAGGUGCAGUUAAGUUCUCUAUUAUUUCUUUUUAUAUGUUAACUUGUAGGUCCUCUUAGGAAUUAAUAUAUGAAAGUGAUGCUGGGCCUUCAGUGCAAUUAAUCUUCACAACACCGUGAGAAGCAACCGCAUAUUUCUCCAUUCUUGGUGGAAUUCGUGGUAUUAAAGAAAUAGUAAAUAUGACUUUUUUUCCAACAACGUAUAAAUUGUAGUGUGAACAUCUGCAGAAACAAGUUAUCUCAUUCAGCCUUUAACUAGCUAGUUUACUGCCUGUAAACAACAGGUUCCACCUCCCAACCAGACGCAGCGAUCUUUCUGUCCCAGCCGAAAGAGGGAGGCGCGUUCUGCUUGUUUCAGUUGGAUUUUCAGCCGGUCACAUGUGACCCACAUCGUUUCCAAUGUUCUGAUCACUCGUUCAGAUGGGAAAAUUGUACUUCAUUACCUCUGAUUGUACAGCGUCUGUCAGCGUUCAAGUGAAAAAAUAAAGAAUUGAGUUCAAAUCA